AUGACUUUAGUAGAGGAAGACUUAGAGGAAAAUGAAAAAGAGCUAGUUGAAGAGAAUCAAAACCUUAAAGAAGAGGCAAAACUACGAUGGAUGCUUACCAUUUAUUGUUCGAAAGACCUUGACAUUAUGAUAAGAGGGUUAUCUAUGAUGGUUACCACAAUACUUACACAUUUAUGUUUAAGAAAAGUUACUAGUUGGUCUACCACCGAUGAGGGAUAUUUAACACUACAUAGACCUUAUCCCAAGAUCUAUUCUACCCAACAAGAUGACUUGCUAGACCAACUACAUGGAACAACUAUUUUUUCCAAGAUAGACCGAUGCAGUGGUUAUCAUCAAAUCAGAAUAAAGCCUGAAGAUGAAUGGAAAUAA